GGCAAAUAGAGCCUCAAAAACACUUUGGUAGAAUUCGAUCUACUGACACGAUUAUUCAUGUUACGAACUGUAGCACUAUAGCAACCAACCAAAAAUCGCAUCCUAUUUCAAUUGAAUUUUUUUUUGCAAAGUCUGCAAGAGAAAGGAACACAUAUGGAUGGAUGCAAGCUUUUGAAAGACCUUUUUGACUGCUUAGGGAUGUCUCACAUGUGCAACAGAUUUUUAUCUCUUGGUUACGACCAAUUGCAAGAUGUGAUUUAUCUCAAAAAAGAUCAAAUCGAAAGCUUAAUAGUAAAUCCAGGGGAAAGUACGAAGUUUCUUCGGCGUUUAUACGAAGAACGAAAAGUUGUAUCCCUGUGGCUGCAAGAACUUGGAUUAAGGAACUAUCAAGAAGCACUAUUUUCUUGUGGAUUGACGAGCUUAAAGUCUUUCAUUGGCGUCACUGUUCAAUCUGUUGAAAUAUCAGGAAUCACAAAUUGUGUUCAUCAAAGAAGACUCCUCAGAGCGGUUCAGAUUUUGGCGGAGAGUUUUAUUUCACGUGACGCUGUUGGUAUUGGGGAAUGGAGUGCUCAUGGACAGGCUAAAGGUGGCAGGCUUGGUCAUUUUCUCUGUCUAACAGCCCAUGUCCAUAAAAAAAUCAAUAAAGACACACCCACCUCACCUACAUUGAUUCGCCCUGUUAGAUUUCUGGUUGAUUCUGGCAGUGACGUAGUUACUCUUCGGCCUGGCAUCAUUCGUGACCUAAACCUGGAACCGAUAGGAACUGCGAAGCAAACUGGGGCAAGUGGAGUCAUAAUCGACACCUGUAUAUACAGUGCAUGCGUGAAAAUUGGCGAAAAAACUGUUCCCGUAGAAGUUGUUUCAGAUGCUAUGGAUUCACUAGGAACACCAGUACUUCGACACUUUAACCAUUUAAUUCAUAAUGACAAGCACUUUUGGCUUGAAAAAACUUGUGAUUAAAUUCCAAGAACAGAUAUA